AUGGGGACAGAGUGCAGUCGGCGGGGGUCCCUGGCGCUCACCCUCAACCUUGUGGCAUUUACAUGUGCCCUGUCAGCAGUGACCACCAGUUUCUGGUGCGAGGGGACCAGGAAGGUGGUCAAGCCCUUCUGCACGGGGCCGGUGACGACCAAGCAGUCAUACUGCAUUCGCUUCAACAGCAGUAACAUCAAUGACAGCCGGCUGGUGCAGUACAUCUGGGAAUCGGGAGAAGAGAAGUUCCUGAUGAGGAAGUUCCACACCGGCAUCUUCUUCUCCUGUGAGCAGGCUGCUGACAUGAAUGGUAAGAAAUGUUAUGUGCAAUGUUUAACAGUAAAAAUAAUGUUAAUAUACAACUUGCAGAAACUUUGAAAUAGAACAUGCGACUAUGUUGGCCGCUCAGCAGCUAGUCCUGUGUGACCAUGCUCUCUAAACCUAAUGUGGUUUGGGUACAUUACAACAGGAAGUGAAGGAGGAAGCACAUUGGGAGAGACUAAAACAAGAUGCAAAUGAUUUGACAGUCCACUAUUUACUUACAUAAUUACAUCAUCAUGUUUUUUUGUCUUUUUAGUCUUCGAGAUUUGAUAAAAUAAGCAAAAAGUAAUGUACUAUUUGUGUUGACUUUACUGAAAUAGACUGACGUUAUAACGAUGUAUCAGUUUUAGUAGGAGUUUUAUUAUUGUAUUAUUUAUUUUAUUAUUUAAUUGUAAUGCUUGCAGAAACUCUGUGACCCAACAUUUGUUGCUAUGAUUGCUGUGAGAGUCAACAGUAGCCAGUCCUGAGGUGUGACAGAACAAACAGCUGUGAGAGUCAGCAGUAGCCAGUCCUGAGGUGUGACAGAACAAACAGCUGGGAGAGUCAGCAGUAGCCAGUCCUGAGGUGUGACAGAACUAACAGCUGUGAGAGUCAGCAGUAGCCAGUCCUGAGGUGUGACAGAACUAACAGCUGUGAGAGUCAGCAGUAGCCAGUCCUGAGGUGUGACAGAACUAACAGCUGUGAGAGUCAGCAGUAGCCAGUCCUGAGGUGUGACAGAACAAACAGCUGUGAGAGUCAGCAGUAGCCAGUCCUGAGGUGUGACAGAACAAACAGCUGUGAGAGUCAGCAGUAGCCAGUCCUGAGGUGUGACAGAACAAACAGCUGUGAGAGUCAGCAGUAGCCAAUCCUGAGGUGUGAACGAACUAACAGCUUAUUGGGAUAUAAAAGGACUGGAGAUAUGAGAAGUGCUGAUUAAUUUUCAGAAAAUGAACAACAUAUGUAACUUAUACCCCUAUCAAAUAAUGGAUAGGGUCUGAGACAUUUUAAAAGUGGUAAGCGAUUUAUCUUGUGGAGUAAUCGGUCAAAUAACGUGAAGGUGAAAGUCCUGAUCAUAACCAUUUAGCUGAUGGUUCUGUGCAUACUAACACAUUUAUAUUUCAUUUAUAUAAAAUAAUGAAGAAGGGUAAAGAAAUAUAUUGAUUGCAUUAGCUAUUUCUACAACUACAAUUUACAUAAGAAGAUAGGAAAUAGAAAAAGACUAGGCUACAUGAACUAAAUUACUGUUUAUCUGCUUCCAGGUUUUAACUGCAGAGACUUUAAAGACAUUGCACCUGACCAUGAAAAAGGUAGGUAAAACCCAUUUAUAAAAUGUUUAUCUUCCAGUCUAGUAGUGUAAAGCCCUUGUAAAUCUAUAUUUUCCUCUUGACCACAACUUUAUAUAAGUCCAGUCAUCAAAAAUAACAAUUGUGUGCGUUCAUGUCAAGAGGCCACUAUAUCAAGACAGUGAGUUUAUAGGAUGUUCACUCUCCUAACAGAAUCUAUAUGAACCAUCAACUAUUUUCAUAAUCUACUGUGAAAAAAGAUAGUCAUACACUCUAUAUAUGCUCCCACUAAUUUAAUGGGUAAACACUACACUACCCCAUUACCCAUUACAUUAUUGGUAGCAUAUAUAUACUAUUCCUUUAACACCUCUCCAACUAUCUUUGGAAUGCACGUCAACUCAUGCUUUUUACUGGAACAUAAUCUACUGUGACUGCAAUCGGGGCUUCCAUAGGAAAUACAAAACAACAGUCUAAAAACAAGAGUAAAGCUGUUGUAGUAGUUAUACAUUAAAAGUAGCUUUCAUCUAAUUAUCAGUGGCACCUGUCGUCUCUAUCCAAGUCCCACCAGAGCAGGCCUAUAGGAUCAGGUAGUUCUGCUGGCGAGGGGGAAGCGUAGAGAGGUCAGGGGUCUCUUCCUGUCGUGGUCUGUGGAGUUGAUGUCUUCCUUCGUAUGGGUGGGAUUAUUUAGUAGAGGGAGGUGUAUUAAAGAAGCGACGGUAGCGCUCACUCUGACUGACUCCUCUCUUCCUUCUAUUCCCAGGGGUCCUGUGGCUGUGUAUCACAGCUGAGUGUCUCUACCUCAUCCUGCUGUUCACGGGUGGUGUACUCAUGUGGUUAGAGCUGUGUCCUUGCCUCAGUGUCAUGAACAAGCUGAAGCUCAAUGCCUUUGCUGCCAUGUUCACCGCCCUGUCAGGUAACGCAUCUGUGCCUGGGAAUGAUGUACACAGUCAUAUUUAUUUUAAAAAAUGUGCAUUCUACCAUUGUGAUCAUUCACCAUUUGUCAAAUGAACAAGUCAUCAAAGAAUACUUUCAUACAGUCACUCAAAGCUGAUCACCAGCCAUUAAGGAGUUGAUUAUCUCCCUGCAUCCUUAACUAUGAAGUAAGCUUCACAGAGGGGGCACACUAGUGAGUGGACAUCCCCUGGCUCUGUUUCUCAAUUACCAGAGGAGAUGUCAACCUCCCUGCCACGCUAUCACACUAAGGCUGGCACUGGGCUGGUCAAAUUGGAUAGAGAGCCUACAGUAGACAGGCUUUGGGAGUCCCAGCUCCACAGUAGAGCAGAGGCCAGCGUGUCUGUGUGUAACACUACCCACCAGGGGGAUUACAUCAUCUAAUACCAUGCAUGCAACCCACUAACCAUCCCAGGCAGGCAGGCAGAGGCCGGCCAGUGUGACAGUGGCUAGUCCAUAUCCUAAAUGGAUUAUUUCAUCUUUACAGACACGAUAUUCAGUACACUGCUGAAUCUGUUCUAAGUUUUCAUCUUUCAAAGACCAUUUCGGAAGCUGAUAGGAGGGGAAUCAAGAUGAUGUUGAGAAAAUGUAUGUCAAUCAGGAGUCAUGUUCAUUUAGAUUCACGCACUGUAUUGUCAAUCAUAGUUAUUGUGUUGCUAUCAUCUGUCAAACUGUAUUGUGGGGGUAAGUAGGAGUGAAUAUACACGUUUAAAAUGUGGUUUAUGCACCACAGAAUUUGUGGAAUCCCUACAGCUGAACUCUCCUUGGGUCUGCGGUACAAAUAUGAAUGUGAAUAUGAAUAUGAAUUUGUUAGCAGAAAAGCAGAGCAAUAAUAGUAGCAUGGUGGGAUGGGAGCCUUGCUCAGGGAGGUACAGUUGUAGGGAAGCUAGCCUAGCACAGUGCUAGCGUAGCGCGUAGAGCAGUGGUCUAUGGUCUGUGUGUCCAAUGCCUCUGCGGAUUUGCUGGUUUCUGGACUAAUCGGAUUGGAGCUGGGGCAGCGGUUUUGGGCCAUGACAAGGCCUACCCAGAGGAGUACCCCCACCCCUCCCCUCCCACCUUCCCCUGACCCCCUCCUCUGGUUGUUAGGACGUUAAUCCCAAGUAAAGCAUCUGUAGACGGGCAGAAUGUCAGCUGAGAGAUGGCCAAGAGGCAGCAGAGAAAGCGAGAGUAGAGAGAACACUGUGCUGUGGUGGGCUUUGAUUCUUCAUCAUUCUCUGUUCUAUCAAUCAUUGUUAUGAAGUGGAAUGGCUGCAACUCUGCAAUUAUUGCGCAUCAAUAUUCAGUAUUAAUGUAAACUAUCAGCUUCCCCAGUAAUACUAUAAACUGAAUAUCCAGUAAAUAAAGAAGCAUGAUCGUGGUGAAAAUCCAUAGACUGUCAUUCAAUGUUGUUCGCACAAACACUUGUCUUCAUGCAGGGUUUUUAAAACAAGUGAAAGAUAUCCAAACUGAUAGCCCUUAAUUCAGAACUUGUACAAUACUGCCAUGCUGUGGCUACUAAUAUCAAUUGCAGGUUUAAAAAUUUUUGCUGCACUUCCACCAGUGCUUUUGAAGGGUACAACCAUUAUACUAAAAAAAUAUAUAGUCUCAUAUAUUAUCUCAGGUUUUCAUUCACCACCUUUAUUUGCGUUUUGUAUUAUGUGUCGUGUCCCUUGGUAUCCAGGCCUUUUGGGGAUGGUUGCCCACAUGAUGUUCACCACGGCCUUUCAGAUAGCUGUGGCUAUGGGCCCGGAGGACUGGAGGCCCAAGACCUGGGACUACAGCUGGUCCUACAUGUAUGUACUGACUAGGUCACUUACCAUUACACUAGGUGCUGUACAAUAGGAGUUGUCUCUGAUUAAAGUCUAAUAUCCAGCUAUGUGAUACUCGUGCCAUUUUAAAUGACGCUAGCAUUCUGAGGCCAUGUACAGUAGCAGUCAUGAUGGAGAUAGCAUGCAUGCUGAGGUUCAUCACACCCUCUGUACUUCUUCUUCCCCCUCCCCAGUUUAGCAUGGAGCUCCUUCGCCGCCUGCAUGGCUUCUGCGGUGACAGCACUGAACAGGUACACCAAGACCAUCGUAGAGUUCAAGUACAAGCGGCGGAACAUUGAGAAGAACCUGAGGAUCAAGCAGAAGCUGCUGGAGAUGGACCUGCCAGAGCAGAUGUGGGACAUGUACCUGACAGCUGUGCCUGCAGGGGGAGGAGGAAAUGCUGGGCCUCUGGACCUCCCCGUCAAUGGGCACAAACCCUCCACUGGAGCAGCCUAUGUAGUGGGCCUGGACAGCAUGACAGAACCACAUGGAGAGGCCUACUGCUAA